AUGAAUAGAGGAGACAAUUAUGAGCACGAUGGCAAAAAGUCGGAAUAUAGGAAUGAAUUGAUUCCUAAAACCGAGGCAUUGGGACAUACAUGGGUUGAUCAUCCCGAUUGCCCAUAUAUGGGAGGUCCUUUGAAUCUUCCCGGAUAUCUCUACGUGCCAAUACAGAACAAGUAUUAUAAGUAUAGUCCCAACAUGUUUGGAAUGAACUUUCAAAUUCCGCAAGAGUUCUAUCCGAAAGUCCACGUGGCGCCGCAAAGAUCGCCGGCUUUCAACGCUCAACGCCGACAUCGUCCAGUAUUUAAAAUCGUAGAUGACUCGAUGCUCGGUCGAGGCAAUCCGCUUCGCGAUGAGUGUGAGCUUCUUGAGAAGCAAGUUGCCAAUUGUCCCUCUGAACCAUCAUUUUCCAUACGCACCCCUGUGGAAGUCACAUCGCGUGUGUUGGGCUGCGAGUUCCUCACGUUCACCGAGGAUGGCACAAAAAUCAUUGGAGGAUUCGGCGCCGGACACACCGAAGACACCAAAUCGGUUCGAGAAUACUCGGUGAUCUACGUCUACGAUGUAAAUUAUGACGACUAUUAUGCAAAGGAAGAAGCGGCGCGCAAAGACGCCAAUAAAGAUCCGAUGCAUACCGGAUUCAAUACGAUGGGACUCACGAUGAGCAUUGCCGAGAAUCUAGAGAAUUCGUUGCACGAAGCGCCGAUACCGGACAACUCGAUAUGGAAGUUUCGCGAGUUUCUUGUCGAUCAGACACUCGCGCAAAUUGAUAGCGAAGUCGUCACACUGCUCACCGUCACCACCAGUGAUAGAAUGGAUCCAUAUGGUAUUGUCAUGUCGACGGUACGAGUUACAAUGAUGCCGGUUCAGCCGAUUUCGGAUCCGCACAGCUGGGAUCAACUUUGCGCACCGAUCUACAACCGCGUUUGGCGCAAUUCGGGACCGAUUUGGAGUAUUGGCUGGAAUUCGCCGAAAAUGCUCUACGGAUUCGGCAUGGAAAGCAAUUUCAUGUUCCAGGACUUUCUAACGGAUCGCACGUUUUUCCUGUCAUCACGCGGCAAAAAUGUGCUAUCGCACGCGUAUUCCGAAGACGGCGAAUUGGUCUACAUGGGCCUUCGCGGCGACGAUUUGAUUCGAUCGGAUCUUCGCGAGAAGCGUGGUCACAUCACUGGUCAUUUGCGCGGCUCGAAAUCGACGGUCAAUGUCAAAGUGUUGGCGGAAACACAUCCCGAAUGUGUGCUCACUGAGAUGUUUGGCGGAAAUAUGAAAUUGUGGGAUUUCCGAUGGCCGAAACGAGCGCUGAUGACGUUUGAUGGGCACGUUAAUACGCAUCAUCGAUUGCCGUUGUACAUCGAUCCGGCCGAGAAUUUCGUUUUUGCGAGCGGAAGCGACGGCGACAUUCGCGGUUGGUCGUUGAAGACUGGCGAGAUGUUGUGCUCAGUGACGACGCCGCGUCCUGAUUAUGAAGGCAAAGCCUACUUCCCGCAGAUUCUCUAUUCGAACCGCUGGGGUGGACGCUAUGGAAAUUCGGGAUUGGCGGUUGCUGUGGGAGACACGAUUCGUAUACAUCAGCUAGAAUUGUAG